UGGAUGCGAGGCCAGGGCUGGAGCGCCCGGACCCGUGGCACCCCAGCCCGGGCAUGGUUAGCACUAGCAAAGUAGAUCUGGGUUAUCGGAAGGGCGGGCAAGAUACUGACUCUGGAACAUCCAUGGGAAUGGCUUUCUUAGAUUAGACACUCUUUCAGCCCUAGCUCUGCCGCUUGCAACUUUGGGCACAUGUCUUAAACAUUCAGCGACCGUUUCUUCGGUUAAAACUUUAGGAAGACGGCAGUAGUGAAGUGUAAAUGAGAUUUUACUUUCAAGGGCUUAGCUAGUGGCUGCACGUAGUAGGUACUCAACACAUGGUACACAUAAAAUUCUCUUCAGUUCAUAUGCCUUCAAUAUAGUGUUUUGAGAGUUGAUACAUAUUCCUUUCCUCGCGAACACGACCUUGCACUGUCUCUCAGAGCUUCCCAGACACCACAGCCUGGAAGCCCUUGGUCCCACUCUCCAUAAUGGACCCUAGCACACCAUAGCAAGCCCUUGGAACAGCAAGCCCUCCUAGAAGUUUGUAACCUAGAGAUUCUAGGUCUCACUUGCUCCUUGUUGGCCUUAUUGCCUGAGUGCCUAGUAUCCAAGUAAGGAAGUCCUGUGUGUGCCUCCAUCUUUAAGUCCUGUAAGUGCCUCUAUGUUACACCCAACUUUAAACUGAGGUCUCUGAUCCAUUUGGAAUUGAUCUUUGUGCAAGGAAGAGUAUGCUGAAGGAGAGGGUCAUGGACUUGGUCACCCAGACGACCAUCCUGCCCCUGCUGUUUGGCUGCCUGGGGAUUUUCAGCCUCUUCCGGGUGCUACAGCGGAUCCGCUCCAAGGCUUACCUGAGGAAUGCUGUGGUGGUGGUUACAGGUGCCACCUCAGGGCUUGGCAGAGAAUGUGCCAGAGUCUUCCAUGCUGCGGGGGCUAAGCUGGUGCUCUGUGGUCGAAAUGUGGAAGCCCUUGAAGAGCUCACCAGGGAACUUGCUGGUUCCUCUACCUCCCAGGGACAGACACACAAACCUUACACGGUGACCUUCGACCUCGCGGAUCCUGGUGCUGUUGCUGCAGGAGCAGCUGAGAUCCUACAGUGCUUUGGCUAUGUGGACAUCCUCAUCAAUAACGCUGGGGUCAGCUACCGUGGUGCCAUCAGUGAUACCAUAGUGGACGUGGACAGGAGGGUGAUGGAGAUCAACUAUUUUGGCCCCGUUGCUCUCACGAAAGCGCUCCUACCCUCCAUGGUCAAGAGGAAGCGAGGCCACAUCGUCGCCAUCAGCAGCAUCCAGGGCAAGAUCAGCAUUCCUUUUCGAUCAGCAUAUUCGGCCUCCAAGCAUGCAACCCAGGCAUUCUUUGACUGUCUGCGCGCUGAGAUGGAGCAGGAUGACAUUGAAGUGACUGUGAUAAGCCCUGGCUACAUCUAUACCAACCUGUCUGUAAAUGCCGUCACUGCCAAUGGCUCCAGAUACGGAGCUCUAGACAAGAACACAGCCCAGGGCAGAAGCCCUGCAGAGGUGGCCCAGGAUGUCCUUGCUGCUGUAGGGAAGAAGAAAAAGGAUGUGAUCUUGACCGACUUACUGCCAUUCAUGGCUGUCUAUCUCAGAACUCUGGCUCCUGGGAUUUUCUUCAGAAUCAUGGCCUCUAGGGCCAGAAAAGAACGAAAAUCCAAGAACUCCUGAUAUUGGUCAGCGCUGCUAGCCUGGAUCGACCUGGUCAGACUGAGUACCACACCGUUUGGGGCUGGGAUUGCUCUGCAAGGGAUCCAUGGCUGAGGGCUAUCCUGCAGUUUAAGGUGGACAGAGCGCUUCUGUUUCCCUGGGGGUGGGUUAGCCCUUAAGAAGUAAAAUAUGGAGUUGGGCUGGGACUCUAAAGAUGUAAAAUAAACGACUGAACAGUG